AGUGAAAUGAAUGUGCGUGGUGUAGUUCAGAGCGAAAUAUAGCGGAGAUGUCGAGUAAAGCGGAGUAUGACUGCAUAGUGAUCGGGGCCGGAGUCCAGGGCUCCUUCACGGCCUAUCAGCUGGCAAAGAAGAACAGGAAGACUCUUCUGCUGGAGCAGUUUGUCCUGCCCCACUCCCGGGGGAGCUCCCAUGGCCAGACCCGCAUCAUUCGCAAGGCCUACGAGCAGGACUUCUACACCCACAUGAUGGAGGAGUGCUACGAGCUGUGGGCUCAGCUGGAGAGGGAGGCGGGUGUCAAACUGUACAGACAAACAGGACUCCUGGUGAUGGGACCAGAGAACAGUCAGAGUUACCAGCUGUUUAAGAACACCCUGCAGAGGAACAAGGUUCCUACGGUGGUCCUGACCUCUGACAACUUCAACCAGCACAUUCCUCAUGUCAACCUGGCUAUGGGAGAUGGAGCAUUGGUGGACAUAACUGCUGGAGUUUUGUAUGCUGACCGCGCACUCAAGACUGUACAGGGGCAGUUUCAGAAGUUGGGUGGGGCCAUAAGAGACAAAGAGGUGGUGACGGACAUCAAGCCUGGCCCUGUUGUGACGGUGUCAACCUCUGCUGGUGUUUAUCGAGCCAAGAGUGUGGUGAUCACCGCUGGAGCCUGGGCUAACAAACUGCUGGCACACACUGGCUUACAGCUGCCACUAGAGGUGGUGAAGAUCAACGUAUGCUACUGGAAAGAGAAGGUUCCGGGAUCAUACAAUGUGAAGCAGCGCUUUCCCUGCUUCUUGCUGACUGAGGGUGAGGAGUCUAAAGAGCAUAUCUACGGUCUCCCAUCCAAUGAGUACCCAGGCCUGGUGAAGAUAUGUUACCACAUGGGCAGUGAGACAGACCCAGACCAGAGAGACAAGCAGACAGACCGGUCCGAUAUCGACAUCCUUCAGCGCUAUGUCGCCCGCUGUUUACCUGGCCUGAUCCCUGAACCUGCUGUGGUGGAGAGCUGCAUGUACACGCUAACGCCUGACCGUCACUUUGUGCUGGAUUGCCACCCCAACUACAGCAACAUUGUGAUUGGAGCCGGAUUCUCAGGUCACGGCUUUAAGUUUGGACCAAUCAUUGGCAAGCUUCUGUGUGAACUCAGCCUGGGAGAAGUGCCCUCCUGUGACCUUUCACCUUUCCGAGUCAAACGCUUCCAGGGAAAGACUAAAUCAGCUUUAUAGAGCUGGAAAUGGAUAUCCGGAGCAUCUGCAGAUCAAGUCUUAACUCAUUGUAACUUUAGUAUGAUUAGAGAUUCUCGUGGUAAUUUAGCACUAAGUUGUCAAACACAAUCACACAGUGGCCACAUGUUUGUCUGCAGGUUUAUUUGAUGUUGCCAGUUAACCCUUCCUAAGCCCCAGCCCCUUCUACUCUGUGCUUCAAUAUUAGUUGAGGAAGGUUUGAUCAGACCAGUCAACCUUCUCCUAUAUAUAGUCAUAGUUUGAGUUAGCUAGAUAGUGUUAGCAAAACGCUAACAGCUAAGCUAACUAGCCAACUAACAAUUGUUAGAAAUUAGCGGUCUAGUUAGCUAGUAUUCUGGUAACAGCUAUCUUAAGAUGGGAAUAUGUCGCUUUUAUCUUUUAACAAUCUUCAAAAUGUGGUUGUCUUUUCAACAUAGAUUAGCCUAGCACAUAGCAUAUCUAAGUACAGGACAGGAGGAAGUUGACCGAGGUUCUGACCGAGGUUUACUCAACUAUUAUUGGAGUACAGAGGGAAAGGGGCGGGGCUUAGGAAGGGUCAAUUCCACAGGGUGCGAUCAAUUGCUUAGCACUCAAGCUUCAUGAAACCAUUUAGUGUGUGUACAUGUUACCACUCUCUGUCUGUACGCUAAAUAUAAAGCUGCAGCCAGCAGGUGAUAGGCUUAGUUUAGCAUGAAGACUGGAAGCACUAGGAAAUUGCUAGUUUGGCUGUAAAAAAAAUCACAUACAAACUCGGAGGCAUUCACUUUUAAAAAUGCCUUUAUUGUUACAGCAUGGUCAAAUUCGAUUUCCGAUGGAUUUCAGCUUUACAGAAGUUCGACUCCCUGAUAAAAGCUUGAUGCUUUUUAGGUCUAACUUGAUCAUUCUGUAACAAUAAAGACAGGAAUUUCUUGUAAUUGUUGUGUCCAUAUGUAUACUAAUCCAAAGAACACCUCAAACAAAAAUCUAAUUGAGCCGAGGAAGCGCUCCUUUUAACUACUCCUGUUGUGUUCAAGGUUUUAAAAGCCACUUUUGCUAAUGGGUGAAUCUCAUUUGUUUAAUCCAUACACAAACAGAAAUGCAAAAGUUGUGGUUACACACUAAAACUAUACAGAACACAUCACUACAGAUCACUUUUUAUAGUUUUUUUUAAAUGGAUUUAACAGUCUUAUCUAACUCUGGGCAAGGAGGUGAACAUUCGCUAUUCACAUAGGAGAGAGGUAGAAACCUGGUUUGCCCAGCUAGAUUUCUCUUGAAAAAAAAAAAUUCUUGGCCACAUAUACAGGUGUCUAAUUGAUGCAUGCAUGUGCAUGACAAAGAAAGGGCAUCAGGAUGAAAGGAGAGAUCAUUUCAUGUGGCAAUGCAAAGUCAGACUGAAACGUAAACUGGUGGAAAACAGCUUUUAGAAGUCUUGUUUUGUGUAAAUUUCACACAUUUGCAUAAAAAAAGAGCCACAACGUUCAAGUACUACAAGAAAGCACAAUUUUCAGAAAAUAUUUCCAUUACUAACAUAAUUGCAGUUUAUCUAUAUUUUUUUUAUAUCAUAAUUUUACAUUAUCUCUGUUGUUCGCAGCCAAACUUUGAAUUGAUAGGAAACAACUAGAAACAAUUUCAAAAUAAUAAUCCUGUGGGCCAGAUGUUUUUGACACCAUGUUGUGGGCCGAGGGAGGGGGAUGGAGGGCUGGAAAUGGCCCCCAGGCUGGCAGAGAUUACCUAGUUUCUUGUGUUCAACACCUACUGAAUUACAGAAGUGGAAAAUUCUCCUUGUGGGUGGUGAAAGACAGGAACACCAGAUUCCUGUCACCAGACAGCAGUCCACCUGAGCUGCAUAUGGAGCUACAGAGCUUGCAAUAGCAAGUGGUACUUGUCCUCUUCAGUAUUAUUUUAAUACUUAGUCCACAGUGCUGUGCAACAUCGAACCCACAGAAACAACCUUUAGAAUAAGAAGUCUAGUUGUCGUUCAAAGCAACAAGAAUCUAAUGUAAUGAACUGGGAAUAAACUAAUACUGCCUUGAUUUUGACCAGAGAAUCAACAUCAACAACUAGAUUCUAACAUUGUUGUGCAAUUGUAAAUUCAGCCAUCUGUGACAAAUGGUAAUAAAGAAAGCUAUAAUCUC